CCCUGUAGUCUGGGUUUUCGUGUAAGCGUUUGCGUGUGUAUGUGUGUCGCUGUCCGCCAGCUCGUGGUUCUGAAAUCACGGCGCAGCAACAAAAAAUAUCCCAAAACCAUGUAACGGCGAUGAAAGACUCAAGCGGACAUCUAAAUCAUGGAUGAUGAUCUGUUCCAACUGAGGCAGCUUCCCGUAGUGAAGUUCCGGCGUACAGGCGACAGCGCGUAUUCGGAGUAUGAGUGCGGGACGAGGGAUCAGAUGGUGCAGGUCGAAGGCGGGAACGCCGACUCAGGGUCUGUGGCUCUGUCUGACGGCGCUCCGGUACCACAAGAGUUUGCCAACCCGACUGACGAUACCUUCAUGGUGGAAGAUGCUGUGGAGGCCAUCGGCUUUGGUCAGUUUCAGUGGAAGCUCUCCAUCCUUACAGGCCUUUCCUGGAUGGCUGAUGCCAUGGAGAUGAUGAUCCUCAGUAUCUUGGCCCCCCAGCUGCACUGUGAGUGGAGGCUCCCCAACUGGCAGGUGGCGCUGCUCACUUCGAUGGUGUUUAUUGGCAUGAUGAUCAGCUCUUCAUUAUGGGGCAACAUAUCUGAUAAAUACGGGCGAAAAACAGGUUUGAAGAUGAGCGUUCUAUGGACUCUGUUCUACGGCAUCCUCAGCGCCUUUGCCCCUAUUUAUGGCUGGAUCUUGUUCAUCCGAGCUCUGGUCGGUUUCGGUAUUGGAGGAGCUCCUCAGUCGGUGACGCUGUAUGCCGAGUUCCUCCCCAUGCGCUCCAGAGCUACAUGCAUUCUACUGAUUGAGGUGUUCUGGGCUCUGGGCACAGUGUUUGAGGUGCUGUUGGCGAUCCUGGUCAUGCCAACAUUGGGAUGGCGCUGGCUACUCGCUCUGUCCACAAUCCCACUCUUCAUCUUCGCCAUCCUCUGCUUUUGGCUGCCUGAGAGUGCCCGUUAUGAUGUUCUAUCUGGAAACCAGGAGAAAGCUCUGAACACACUCAAACGCAUUGCUGCGGAGAACAAAGUGCCCAUGCCCCUGGGCAAACUCAUAGUUGCACGCCAGGAGGAAAGGGGGAAGAUUAAGGAUCUAUUCCUGCCUCAUUUCCGCUGGACUACAGUUCUUCUCUGGUUCAUAUGGUUCUCGAAUGCAUUCUCAUACUACGGCCUCGUCCUACUGACCACAGAGCUUUUCCAGGAGGGCGGCGCCUGUGGACGGACUAAUGGCAGUAAAACAGAGCCGAACUGUAAUCUGGAGUGCAAGUACCUGAACUCGGAUGAUUACAAAGAUUUGCUGUGGACGACGCUUUCAGAAUUCCCAGGUCUACUGGUGACUUUGUGGGCGAUCGAUAGGCUGGGAAGGAGGAAGACCAUGGCUCUGUGUUUCCUCGUCUUUUCGCUCUGCAUCGUACCACUCUAUGCCUGCGUGGGCAGGACAUCUUUAACAGUGCUGAUCUUUAUUGCGAGGGCGUUUAUUGCCGGAGGUUUCCAAGCAGCUUACGUUUACACACCUGAGGUGUAUCCAACAGCUACGCGGGCUUUAGGUCUGGGCACGAGCAGUGGCAUGGCCCGUGUUGGGGCUCUCAUCACACCCUUUGUGGCUCAGGUAAUGCUGGAGUGGUCAGUAUAUCUGACUCUGUCGGUCUACUGUUGCUGCUGCCUGCUGGCCGCCGUGGCAGCGUGCGCGUUACCCAUUGAGACGACGGGUCGAGGCCUCCAGGAGUCCAGCCACAGAGAGUGGGGCCAGGAGAUGAAAGGCCGAGACUCCAUCCCUCGCUCGAACUCUUCAUCCAUUUCCCAGCAGUGAGCGAGAAGGACCAUGGGUAGGACAGAGGAAGGGAAUGAAAAGUGAGAUGGAGGAGAAAAUCGAGACAGAUGAUGGAAAAAAAAAAAAAAAGGGGGUGUCAUACAUAGUGUCAGUUGUACGAUUUGAGAGACGGAAAUGAUCGGGGAAAAGAAAUUAGGUUUGGUUUAUGAUUUCUGUGGUCCCAUGUGACUACAUUAUUGAUUCAGUCAGACAAAUGCUUGUUGGAUGGGCAAAAAAAGGACAGUCUGUAUUUGCAUUAUAUACUGGACCAGUGUGUAUCCCAGCUGCAAAAAGCAGAGACACACACACACACACACACACACUCAUGCACACGCACAUCAGGAGCUGGUAAAUGACUGUGAUCCCACUAAUCACCACUGUAUUAAUUAUCUCAGUCUAAUUUUUGAUAAAUUUCACUGUGGAUGAGGAUCUUUUAUUUAUUUCAGCUAUGAACACUUAGCACUGCUAAGAAAUGGUGGCCAGGAGGAGAGCCUAUAAGCAUGGCACAGACAUGGUAAUGCUAACAGAUCUCUGCUAUUUGCUUUUUCUUGGUGAUUUCAUUAGACUUUGAUAUUAAAGAGCUUGUAUGAGACAAAAAACUAAGUUUCGAAGCAAAAAUGAGACCUAUUUUCCGAGAGUUGCCUGUUGGCUAAGACGCUAGUUUCGCGCUUGGGCUGGGAGGUUAACGUAGCUAACGAGUAAUUGAAGCGUUGAGCUCGUAGUACUGUGUAAAAUCACCCUUUCACUCUGCGUCCAUAAUAGCAUGGAUAAAUAUAUAAUUUAUUAUUAUUUACGAUUAUAUUUAUUGAGUCAAAGAAAGUUCUCUUUUCAAUCCUUUAUAGAAAAAUGCUGUUUUGGAUAUUUUAGUAGUCUAGAUCUCUGGUUUUCAAAUUGCGCCCAAAAAAAAAAAAAAAAUAAUUCAACUAGACUUCAAUUAAUAGAAAUAAGUUAAUAUCGUGGCAACUAAUUCUAGCAAAAAUAUACUAUUUAAAGACAUCCCUAUUAGUUACACUUAUAUGGGGGAGAUAGAAUUUGAGUGUCUCCAUCAAUAAAUUCAUUCUGAUGCUGGUUCAUUAGGACACGGACUAAGAAUAUUAUUAUUAUUCAUUUAAGACCCUCUGAAACAAGAAGGUCUUUUAGAAGUGAUUUGAAGACUGCUUGUUUUGACAUAAAGUGGAGAUUCAUACCACCUAGGUGCCAGAACAGAGAAGUCUUAAAGCGUGUCUUUUUUGUACAUUGAGAGACAUUAGGUCAAGCAGUGGUUGGAAAUCAGCAUUGAGGGGUGAGGCAGAGGGGUGUUGUUACGGUACAUUUGAGUAAUCUAAUGCAGCUGGUGGUGGGAGCUUAGCAGGUGAUGUGGUGGUGGGAGAACCUCAGAAACAAGGAUUGUGGGGUUGUAUAGUGUAUCAGUUGCAGAAAUUGAAUGUCUUUCAGAGGCAGACCUGCCAGAUGCAGUAGUGCAAUCUUGAUAUGAUGAGGGACCUGUGUGGACACAAAUUGACCAAUUCCCAUGGUGAUGAUUUAGAAGAAAACCCAAUUAGCAGGUUAUAUUUGCAAUGUGAGACGAGAAUGAGAGUUGAUUGGCAGUGGUUACAUCUCAAGGUUGUGCAUAGUCGCAGAGUUCCUAAAAUUUCAAGAAGGUUUCAUUCAGGUUGCCCUCAUCUUGGGAUUAGACUUGGGGUGACCUCCAGAUUUAGUAGCCAGUUUAUAUGCCCUCAUUUGCUUAGAACUACUCAUGACAAUGGAAUUCACUGGUAACCAAGUUUUAUUUAAAAAUAUAUUUUGGCAUUUGUGUUUCCAGGGCUUGCUUUUUUUGUACUCUAUUCGAGGAAAUAAAAUCUAAUUUAAAACCCCA